AUGGACCGUGCGGCGCUUCACUCGCAGCUGACCUCCGUCAUGGAGGUGUUGGCUAACGCGGCCGUGGCGGAGAUCUGCAAGCUGGUGGACGAUGGAUACGCGCUGCUGCGCCUCCAGGUGAUCCAGGCGCAGAGGGAGAACCGGGCCCUCAAGCGCAGGAUCCAGCUGCUGGAACCAGGACCGGCGAGGGAACCGGGUUCCACUGGCAGCUGCUCAGGAGACACGGCAGUCGGCAAGUUUGCUUCGUUAAAGGAGCCACUUAUGUGGCGUUUAAUUAGUCUAAUAAUCAUGCGCACAUAUGCUCACGCGAGCAGAAAACCCAUCCCCGUUUCGCGUUCUGCCCUGCCCUCGCUCCACAGGUUGAAUUUUGAGACUAUGGAGGCGGGAACAGUGGCUGAUUUCUCCAGUUCGUUGAUUGAGAGUCGCAGCCGGCAGAAGCAGGGAAGAGAAGACGCAGAGGAUGUAACGCCGCUGCCGUGCAGCAUGAAGCAGUCAGCCCACAUGGAGGUGGAUGCUGGAUCUGAAUCGCUGCUCAUCAAGGAGGAGAGACUUGAGGAGGAUCUGGAGCGAGCCAGUCUGCAGGGAGACCUGAGCCUGAGAGCAGAAAGUAAGGAGGUCGCAGUUGGGGCGGCUGAUCGCAACCUGGACCCGGUCAUAAACACGGCUUCUCCAAAGGUUUCGAAAGGCCACGAGGAGUUUACUGAGCACCAUGGGAGCCACCGCUGUCUUUCGGAGAAAUGGACUCUGAGGGCUUGUCGUUUCACUCAGAGAUGCAGCAUAUUUCAGCAGCAGAAGACGCGGGUGACAGUGUCUCUGUCGGCUCUGCGGACAUGAAGCCAGAGCUUGUGAUGGUAGACUCAGUGCCCGAGGAUGCAGAUGCCGACAUGUGCUCAGCAUGGGACGGUGACACGCUCCCUGCAGCAGCGGUGUACGCAGCGCGUAGUCAUGACAAAGGAGAGGGACGCGGGGACAGGAGGCAGAGAGAGAGCGCAUUCAACGUUUGUCUCCCACAGGUCCCGAUGACUUCUGUUGCUCCAGCCCCUCUUCCAUAUUCUACCCCCCCCUGCAUCAGUACCACUUGCCUGCAAACAUUGCAGGACAGGCAGUGGAUAAAGGAGAUCUGUAGUUCCAUACACAGGCACUCCACAUGCAGCAUGUUCAAGGAUAUCUGUACCAAGGCAAAUUAAACAUCAGCCUACAGUUUCUGCCCUUCAUCCAGUUUCUCUUACAACUCCCACUCCUGUCCAAGGCUCCAUCUUCAUGGUGGUAACACCCCAAAUCCCUGCUGCUGUCCCUAUUGCUCCUGUAGGCCCACCUGCCCCUACUGCACCUGCCAAGAGAGCCUACAGGCGAACAGUUGGGAGUAAUCAGUGUAGUAAGUGCAGUGAGCCUCAGCACAAAGACAAUGGCCACAGUCAAUAUUACGGAUACAUAUACUGCCCUCAUAAUGCCAACAUGCCACUUCAGCAGUGGAAGGAGGACAUGAGUAGGAAGAGGGCAGAGAGAAAAAAGUUUGCCAUUUGGUCAUUCAUUUUUCAUGUAAAAAGUAUUUAAUUUAUUACGCGUGUGUUUGAGUCUGUGUGUAAAUGAUUUUUGUAGUGGAUGUGUGAAGCUUGAGGUGAUUUAAACUGUGGGUGAAAAUUGAUUUUUAUUAGAAAUAUUGUGUUUGCUUUUAUAAUUUUUCAAAAAUAAAGUUU